UGUCCGAAUUUGGGCAGCGAGGAAAGAAGCUAAAACCCAAAAAGGCCGAGUCUUUAGUGGGUAAAGAGACGACUCCUUUUCUCUCUCUCUCUCUCUCUCUCACCCUCGCGGUGUCUUCAAGUGUUGUCGUGCAUGCAUUUUGUGCAUCUGUUUUUACCUUACCCCCCCCUCUUCUCCCCUCUCCCUUCCUUCAUUCAUUCUUCUCUCUGCAUGCACAUACACUUUCUCUCUCUCUCCCUCUCUCUUCCUGCAAAUUAUCCCCAUCUCUGUCUCCGCCCCUGCUCUCGAUCUCUCCGACUUAGAGGAGAUCGGGUUCUUUCAGCCGUUUUUGUCUCGAUUCGUUAUCAGAUUUGAUAAAGUCGGUUCCUUCAGUCAGACCCAAGUCCAACCAAGAACAACAAAGUGAAUCGCCUCUUCUUAUGUUCGAUACUUUGUGUGCAUGUGAAUGUCACAUUAGCGAAUUCGUUUCAUAGUUUUCUAUCAGUGUUGAUUCGAGUCAAUGGCGACGAUUUGCAUGAACGAGGCUUGUAAAUCAAUCACGACUCUCGACUGGAAGAAAGGAUGGAGUUUGAAAUCAGGUGGACUAGCCACUCUAUGUUACAACUGCGGAUCUGUAUACGAGAGCUUAGUAUACUGUGAAACGUUUCAUCCGGAGGAAUCUGGUUGGAGAGAAUGCAGACUUUGUGGAAAGCGUAUUCACUGCGGAUGCAUUGCUUCAAAAUCAAUGCACGAAUAUCUUGAUACUGGGGGUGUUGGGUGUAUUGGCUGUGUAAAGAGCGUGGAAGCUCACUCCUUUUUAUCUGUUCAGAUGCCAAAUGAUGGGAUUCCUAAUGGGUUUUCUUCGAUGACCAUGAUCAACAAUGGUGAUUUGCAGACUUCUUAUGUUGACAAUAGGAUGAACAAUGGUGGUGCCAGCUUUGAUAUGACAAACUUUAUGCAGUUGAGCAGGAAACUCGAUUCUAGAGAAACAGACCACUAUCUUCAACCAAAGAAAACCAUCAUGAAAGAACCUUCUCCUGGACAUAAAAAUCUGAAACAUGAAGAGAUUAAAAGUCAUGUAGGGGAAGUUAGCUCAAGCUUUUCUCAAAGGGCUGUUACUACAUCUUCCCUUUUCCCCAAACCAGAUGGUAAUAAUAUCCCGAUAUUAACAGUCAAUGAUUUGCGUGAUCCUUUAUCAUCUCAGCCAUCUUUGCAUUUCUCUCUUGGCCCUCUGGAUGCUUCAAAUGUUUCAUUUCCUGUAACUAAUAAUGGUGGCGGGGUUGAAGGAAGAGAACAGCAACAACAACUCAAUAAUAAAGUAGUUAUUCCUUUCCAACAAGCCCAAAAAUCUCGACAAAUUUUGCCUAAGCUAUCUAAAUCUGGGAUAACAAUAACUCCCGACACAAGUAAGGGGUCGGUUUCUCAGACCCGUGUUCCAAGGCCUCCUGCUGAAGGGCGGGGACGGAAUCAGUUACUUCCUAGAUAUUGGCCGAGAAUCACAGAUCAAGAAUUGCAAAAAAUCUCCGGAGACUUGAACUCUACUAUUCUGCCACUUUUCGAGAAAGUUCUUAGUGCGAGUGAUGCUGGUCGAAUUGGACGUUUGGUCCUCCCAAAAGCCUGCGCAGAAGCGUAUUUUCCUUCUAUAUCUCAAUCAGAAGGUAUACCAAUUAAGAUUCAGGAUGUGAAGGGGAAAGAGUGGACUUUCCAGUUCAGAUUUUGGCCGAACAAUAACAGUCGUAUGUAUGUGCUAGAAGGGGUAACACCUUGCAUACAGAAUAUGCAAUUACAAGCUGGUGAUACUGUGACUUUUAGUCGGUUAGAUCCUGGUGGCAAACUUGUCAUCGGCUUUAGGAAGUCAGCUACUUCAGUUGAUACUGUGCAGGAUGGUCAGACAACACCUGUCACCAAUGGGGGAGCGCCACCUGGAGAAACAGUUGUAUCAUCCUGUGCCAAUGACAGCAGCAGUACACCUGCACUUGGAGGGAAGUCAAAUGAAGAAUCUUCGCAGCAACCCGGGCUGCUGAUUCAAGAGAAGAAGAAGAGUAGAAAUAUUGGAUUAAAAAGCAAGAGGCUUUUGAUGCGUAGUACAGAAGCUAUGGAGCUCAAACUUACAUGGGAAGAAGCACAGGAGUUGCUUCGGCCUUCUACCAGUGCCACCCGAAGUAUUGUCAUGAUUGAUGAUCAAGAAUUUGAAGAAUAUGAUGAGCCGCCUGUUUUUGGGAAGAGAACCGUGUUCACAGCCAGACUUUCUGGGGAACAAGAACAAUGGACUCAAUGUGAUAGUUGCUGGAAAUGGAGAAGAUUGCCAGUUGAUGCUCUUCUCCCUGUAAAAUGGACUUGCGCAGACAAUGUUUGGGAUCAAAGCAGAUGUUUGUGUUCAGCAGCUGAUGAGAUAAAUGCAAAAGAAAUGGAAAGUCUUCUUAAAGCUGAUUUCAAGAAAAGGAAGAUCUCGGAAACCAACAAGAAUAUACAUAUACAGAUACGUCAAGACCAAGAGCUCUCUGGCUUAGAGGCCUUGGCUACAGCUGCGGUUUUGGGAGACAACCUGGUUGACUCGGUUACUGAGCCAUCGUCGGGACCCACUACUAAACAUCCGCGACACCGUGAUGGGUGCUCGUGCAUAGUUUGCAUUCAGCCACCGAGCGGGAAGGGAAAACACAAGCCCACAUGCAUGUGCAACGUCUGCUUGACAGUGAAACGCCGGUUCAAAACCUUAAUGCUACGCAAGAAGAAGAGGCAAUCAGAAAGAGAUGCGGAAACUGGACAAGGGAAGGAGCUCCUUCCUCCUGAAACGGAAGGAACCUCCUGUCAAGGGGAUGACAUUGUCGGAACACCAUCUGUGGUGGAGGAGGAGGAUGAUGUGGAAGAGACUACUGAUAAGGAGGGAAAAAUACUGGACUUGAACAGCCAUCCAAACAGGGACGAUGAAAUACUUAUGACCAGGAAGGAUGAUAUCAAAAACCUUUACCACCCUCGUUCUGAAUCUCUUCUGCGCAUGGAUGACGAGACCACAACAACUGCUGCAAUUUCCCGGGAUCAAGAGAAUGAGAUUAUGGAUCAUUGAGUGUGAGUUUUUUCUCAAUUUUUUUCUUUCUUUUCUUUAAAUUCCUGCCCCUGUUUAUCGGGUUUGAGUUAUUUGUGGUGUCAAAAUUUUAUAUAUUAUUAUUAUAUACAGACUAGCAACCUCAUAGACGUUUUUCUUUCUUUUCAUUUUCUUGGUUUGUUCAAAUUCUUUCUUGGGGUCAUAUUAGUCCUCAAGAAAGAUGACUGUUUGUCUCUGUUUUUUUCAUGCUGCUACAAUUGCCUUUGAAUUUUGAAUUAUAUUAUUAACAGUAACAGAAUCUUUUUACA